CGGGAUUGGUCCGCGCGUAGUCAUGGCGGCCUUCCGCGACAUGGAAGAGGUGAGCCAGGGGCUGCUGAGCCUCCUGGGCGCCAACCGCGCGGAGGCUCAGCAACGGCGGCUGCUGGGGCGCCACGAGCAGGUGGUGGAGAGGCUGCUGGAGACGCAAGACAGCGUCGAACAACGGCUGCAAGAGAUCCUCGCCGCGGAGAAAGAAGUGGCCCAGAGCCUUCUGGAUGCGAAGGAGCAGGCGCACCAGGGAGGUGCCGAGUUGCAGCAGCUCGAAGCUGAGCUUCAGAAGGCCGGCGAGGAGGACACCCGUCUGAAGACCAGCCUCCUUCAGCUCACCAGGGAGCUGGAGGAGCUCAAGGAGACCGAGGCCAGCCUCGAGAGGCAGGAGAGGGAAGUGGAUGAAGACACGACUGUCACCAUCCCUUCGGCCGUGUAUGUGGCCCAGCUUUAUCGCCAAAUUAGCAAAAUUGAGUGGGACUAUGAGUGCGAGCCAGGGAUGGUCAAGGGCAUUCAUCACGGCCCCAGUGUCGCCCAGCCUGUCCACCUGGACGGCACUCAGCUCUCCAAGAAGUUCAUCAGCGACUAUCUCUGGAACUUGGUGGACACGGACUGGUAGCCGGGAGCCUCGGGUCCGCAUCUGCACACGGGACGAGUCAGCUGUGCCUCAGCGCUGAGAGGGGCUGAAAAUUAAAUGUUUAUACAUACGUGA